AGUUUUUUUUCUUUCUAUUUUUGGAUUUGCACACAGUAUCGCCUUUUCUGAGGUCGCUUCCGACGUGUAGGAUUAAAAAGGACAUUUUUGCAAAUGCCUCUUUAGUUUCUUUUUUGUUUCCUUUGCUUAAGCUUCUCGUUCCACUUCUUUCAGCUGUAACCAUGAUAUUUGCUUAUUUCUCCCUACUGAUUUUCCUCUUUUUGCAAUUACUAAUUUCAAGUUGUGCUUCUAUUGGUUCUAACUUGCCAAAAUCGGAUGUGGAUUUAUUAGAAUUUCCUUUGAAUUUAGAGUAUAUGGAAGCUGAAUUUUUCUUGUGGGGUUCUUUUGGCCAUGGAUUGGAUAGUUUUGCACCUGAACUUGCAGAUGGUGGACCGUCACCUAUUGGGGCUACAAUUGCAAAACUCAGCCCUCUAAUUAGAGAUGUCAUUGCUCAAUUUGGAUUCCAAGAAGUUGGUCAUGUCAGGGCAAUCAAGAAUACAGUAGCAGGAUUUCCAAGGCCACUGCUAAAUCUAAGCAGAGAAGCAUUUGCUACAGUUAUGAACGAUGCAUUUGGACAUAAAUUUGAACCACCUUUUAAUCCUUAUGCUAAUGACAUUAAUUAUCUCCUUGCUUCGUAUGUUAUCCCUUAUAUUGGACUUACUGGAUAUGUUGGAGCCAAUCCUAAACUCCACAGCCCUACUGCCAAAAGGCUACUAGCAGGGCUACUGGGAGUAGAAUCAGGUCAAGACGCAGUUCUGAGAGCGUUACUCUACGAGCGAGGAAGAGAGAAUGUGGAACCCUACGGGAUAACGGUAGCAGAGUGUACAAACCGGUUAUCAGAGCUGAGAAACAAGCUAGGACACCAUGGAUUGAAAGAUGAAGGACUCAAAGUGAAACCAAUAGUAGGUGCUGAAGGGAAGAUACGAGGAAAUAUAUUAGCAGGAGAUAAAUACUCGCUUUCCUACGAUAGAACGCCAGAGGAAAUACUGCGAAUAGUGUACGGAAGUGGAAAUGAGAAUAAACCAGGAGGAUUUUACCCAAAAGGAGCAGAUGGCCGAAUUGCAAAAUCCUUUCUUGGAGUUGGAGGGAAUUAAACAUUAGGAAAUUAAUGAAAAGUUUGUUUCCUACGUGCAGAAAAAUGCAUAAUAAAGUGAGCGAAAGCUUAGUACUAGGAAAAAGGAGAAAUUAUACAUGAAUAAAUGUGUUUUUUUGGGAGAGAUGGCAGAGCUUAUUGGACAUUUGUGCUUAGUAUUUUCUGACUUUUAUGAGGAAUCAUGUGUAUGUUUAUGUUAAUUCAUUAGAUUUCAUCUU